AAGAACAGAUUGGCGUAACUGUGAGAUCAUACAAUAGAUCACUGCAAGCGAUUAGAUAAAUUUUAUCCCUGUGUCAGUUAAAAAGCAUAAAGCCACCAUGCUAAAUCAUGCACCCAAUAUGAACAAGCCUUUAUGUUUUUGAACAAAAAAAGGUUCAGCUUUCCUACUAUAAUGCACUAAACUGUACUCUGAACAAAUUUAGUCAUUGAUGAAAGAUAUAAUUCAAAGAUUGUUGGGCCAUCUAAUCAGAUCUCUGACUUUAGUUUCCUCAACUUUUCUUAUGAUAGAGAGGAAAUGGUGACCCACAAAACUUGUUUUCCCUAAUGUGCUCCCUGCAGUACAAAUACUAGGAGGCUCACAGGGGAAUUGUGCUGUCCUAUUGCACUCUCUUUAGCUAAACUUGAAGUGUCUGCCACCAUCAUGUACUUCAGAGCUUGAGCUGAAAGUGUGAUGGGUAAUGAGAUGGGCAACAACAAUGUCACCGGUCAACAAGUAUCAGAAGAGACAGCUCAGGGUUUCGACAGAACCAUUGAGCAUUUGGAUGGCCCACCUAGCCUAAACAGCACAAAUGACAAGGGAAAGGAUGGCACCAAGGAUCUAGACAAGUCAAAGCUCUUAAAGGACCCUGUCAUAACAAAUGGUGGAAAUGAGCAGAUGGUCUCAAUUAAAGGGGAUUCAUUCAAUAAGAACAAAGAUUUAGAUGAUAAGAACAGGGGUUCACUUCAGGAUCACUCAUUAACACAAGAUAAUGAUCAGAGUUGCCAUUUACCAUCAACUCAAGAUGAUGAACCAUUGAGCAACAAGGAAAUUGAAAGAGUCACAAAUUUGCCAGAAACAACUGCCUCUGUCAGCAUCACAAUUGAAGAUACGACAAGCAACAAGGACAGUUCAACAUUAGUUGAAAAAAUCAAACUUGUACACAAGACAACUGAGAGAUCUGAAGAAAUUAACAUAGGUAAUUCCCAAUCAUUGUUAAAGGAAAAUAUGGAAGGGCCACUAGAAGAUGAGGAAUCAGGGAUGCGUGAUGAUCUAAUUGGAGAAGAUAAAGCUGAAAAACUAGAUCAAGGACAGACUGCGGUGUCAAUAAUAGAGAAUCUAUUGAUGCCAAUGCAAGGAGGAUCUACAUCAUCAACAGAAACAAUUACCACUGAUUAUCUUGAUGCUGAUGAUUCUGAUAUAAAGGAGGUUGUCAUAGAAAAUGAGCCUACAGGUAAAAGAAAUUCAUUGUAUGUUCGACCCGCAGAUGAUACCAACCUGAAGACAUUUAAGAAUGACAGAGCCCGUAUACCAGAUGAGAAGGAAGAUAUUAGUGAAAUAAGCCAAAGAGCAACAGUAGAAACUGGGAUUGGAAGCUGCGAAGUAAUAGAUGAAGGCAAGAAGACCCAUGGAUUGAAAGACCAGAACAAAGAUACAUGUGGUGCUCUUGAUAUUGGUGAAGUUGUUUCAAAGUUCCAGUCAUCUCUAACAGAUACAAGUGCAACAGAUGCCAUAGAACUGGAGAAACAUGAACUAAAUAAGAGGGGGGAUGAUGUAGCAGGAGAGAUAUCUGAUUCUCUAACUAGAACAGAGGAGCAUAAUGCUAUUGAAAGAACACACACAGAUCAAGAACGAGAUGCCAAAGAUGCUGCAGUGAAGGAUCCAGCAGAUAAUUCUGAUGAAGAGAAGAAGUCUGACUGCACCCAUGAUAUAGUCAGUCUUGUUGAAGUCAACGGAAAAAAAUUUACAGGCUUAGAUUCAUUUCUGUCCUAUCAGCUUUCUACUGUGAAUGAAGAAAAGGUGCAGACAGAAGUAAGAGAAGGAUUAUUUAGACCAUCAUCUCCUCUUCAAUUGAUAGAAGAUUUUCACAAGAGAGAUCUAAAAGUUGAUAGUCCGCAUAAUAAUGAAGAGACCAUCAUCUCCACAUAUGAAGUAGAGACUACAGAUAUACACGAUACUCUGGCUGUCUCACAAUUUGACAGGCCUCAACAGAUGCUGCUUGAAGAACCUGAGGUUGUGAAAUUUGAGAAUGGCAGCAUUCUUAGUUGCAUGCAGUUAGUGGAAAAAAGUUCAAAGACAGACACAUUCUUUCCUCAUGGCUCAAAACAGGAGAAAGAUAGCGCAUCCACUACAGCAAUAGGUUUAACUUCUGAAUCCAAUCUGGAGAAAGUCAUGGUGAAGGUAGACUUUCCUGCUGAAUCCAACCAAAAGAAAAUCAUUGCGGAUACUGAUAAGGCUAGUCAGGAAGGAUAUCUGCUACAGAUACCAGCUUCAAGGAGAGAUGCCAGUGAAGAGACUCCCUUGCUUAAGAUGGUGGAAAAUACGAGUUCUUUCAGCUUCUCUAAUGAACAGCAUAGCAAAGUAGUUGAGUGCAUCCCCAUGACUAGCAUCUCCAUGAUGCAAGUUAAAGAUGAUGGUGACGAAGAAUAUGAAAAGAGUCCACUGCUGAGCCCCAGGGAACAGGAAGGAGAGAACUUCAUGGUACCUAACCAUUCUGUAAGAAACAAGAAACCACUUCAAAGCUUAACGACAGGGGAAAGUGUUUGUAUGCAGUCUUCAUUGAAGGAACAGGAAGUUCCAAACAACAGUACCAUGGUUAGUUCCCCUAGAAGCACAAGAAAGCAGAAGCCAAGAUCUUCCAUUUUUGCCAGUUGCAUGUGUUGUGCCACAGCUACAAACUGAGAUAUGCCUCAAUAUGUUUUCCUGUUAUUGUCAGUUAUUUAUCUCAUUGAUUAUUUUGUCAUAAAUAUUCAAUGUUUGAGUGGUUUACUGAAGAGUGAUUUGCAGUUGUUGGGAAUUUUUCAGAGAUUCCACAACUAGUAUCUGCUUGGAAGUUUGUACAAUUAUAUUUGAUACAAAGUGUAUCCAAUAUCAAUUAGAAGAAUGAAUGCCUUGUAUUCUGUAUCAGCUUUCAUGAGACCAGUGCUCCAAAGGGUUGUCAAGUUACAUA